GGCUGGCCAAGCUCCUCUCCUCUGUGUCCUGCUCUCCACCUGGCCUCCAUGAGUUUAAUUGAGGACAAGCCAUUCCUCCCUGGAAGAUGGGAAAUGCUUCAGACACGUCUGCUGUGUUUACCUCCACCAUCUCCAAGGAGCAUGACAUCUUCAUGGGUUCAGUCUACAGCUUAUUCUGUGUACUGUCCAUCAUAGGCAACUCCACACUGCUACUUGUUGCUUAUCACAAGCGGUCAACCUUGAAACCAGCAGAGUUCUUCAUCAUCAAUCUCUCCAUCAGUGACCUUGGGAUGACACUCACUUUACUUCCACUGGCCAUACCAUCGGCGUUUUCACACAGGUGGCUGUUUGGAGAAAUCAUCUGCCAGGUGUAUGCUAUGUGUGGAGUGCUGUUUGGUCUCUGCAGCUUGACAAACCUCACAGUCCUUUCCUUAGUGUGCUGCCUUAAAGUCUGUGUCCCCAACCACGGUAACAACUUCUCCUCGUCACAUGCCCACCUCCUGGUGGCUGGAGUGUGGUGUUACGCAUCUGUGUUUGCUCUGGGGCCACUGGCACACUGGGGACAUUACAGUCUUGAGCCUUAUGGGACAGCGUGCUGCAUUGACUGGCAUGCACCCAACUAUGAGCUUUCAGCUUUGUCUUAUAUUAUCUGCCUUUUCUUCUUUUGCUAUGUAGUCCCCUGCACUAUCAUCUUCCUCUCCUACACUUUCAUUCUGCUGACCGUGCGGGGCUCACGUCAGGCCGUCCAGCAGCAUGUGUCACCACAGGCCAAGAGCACCAAUGCACACGCUCUCAUUGUCAAGCUGUCUGUAGCAGUGUGCAUAGGCUUCCUGGCUGCUUGGUCUCCAUAUGCUGUCGUGGCCAUGUGGGCUGCUUUCGGGGAUGCCACGCAAGUUCCUCCUGCUGCUUUUGCCCUUGCUGCAGUGUUUGCCAAGUCUUCUACCAUCUACAACCCUAUGGUCUACCUCCUGUGUAAGCCCAACUUUCGCGAGUGUUUAUACAGAGACACUUCGAUGUUACGACAGAUGAUCUACAGGGGCAGUCCGCAGUCCGAGCCGAAAGAACGAUUCGGAUCCACAUCACAGCGCAACAAGGACAUGAGCGUCUCCACGCGCUUUUCAAAUGGACAGCAGGAGAGCUACGGGGCGUGUCUGCACUGCACUGACAAUGCAGCUCUGUGUCAUGUGACACCCCAAAGGACUGCCUGCAUCCUGACUGGAUCCACCUACACAGAGGUGACAGUCGGCCAACUCUCAGCCAAAACACAGGCCGAGUUCCUCUAGUGGAACAGCCUGAUUCUUUCAUAAAGCAAACAAAGGACGACACGUGAUCAAAAAGACAAAGAGGUUACUGAACAAUAAAGUCUCAAUGAGACUUCACCACCUUUGCAAGGACCUUUCAUGUCAUCCUUUCUGAGUGACUCUUUCAAUGUGAAAUGAAAACAUGAUACAAAAACUUCUCAGAAGAUUUGCCACAAAAAAGUAUACUUGCAAUGUCUUGACGUCUACUUCUGUGUCAGCUCGUUUCCUGUUUCAUUUAAAUGUGCAGUAAUUUAACAGGAUUCCAAGAGAGCAGAAAAUGAGACAGCAGAACCCCCUCCAGCUUAAAGGUUAAUUAGGAAAAUGUGUACCUCAGUGUGCAUCAUGAGGAUAAACUAUGUUUAAUAUUCACCUCCACACCACCAGCGCCAACUGAGUAUAUUAUAAGAACGUAUUGUAGUCAAAAAAGAUUGUUUAGGUUUCUUUACAUUGAGGACCGUGAUACUGUACGUAAAGGGGUAUUCAACCUAAAAUGAUCAAGUAUUCACCACCUGUAGGAGUGAAUGUCUGAUCUAAUGUUUUGUCCUUGUCAAUAGUGGGAUGUACUGUAACUGAGACAUAAAAUCAAACUGGCAGCUGCAGUUUUCUGGGAUGAACAACACAACCAAAUUUCCCCACUUCGUCCAGCCUGCAGGGUCUUUGAGAGGUUUAAUGUUAGAGAGAGUGCUGUAAGCAGAAGAUCACUUCAGUCAAGAGGCCUGUACUUGCAGGGCUCCAGUGCAGCAUGUAACCUGCAGUCAUUUUCUAAACAGAGACUGUUGAACAAAAUAGUUCCACAUUAAUUUGUACAUAAGUUUAGAUGUUUAUUUCAUAAAAAGCACUGGAUGUGACUCCCUUUGGUUUACAGAAACUCCCAUUUCAGUUGUGGGGCCUCGCUUCUCUUCUUAUUUAGAUCUUAGCAAACCAAUAUUAAAGGGAACCCACGCUAUUAAGAAAACUUAAUAACCUGUCAUUUCAAAUCAUUCUAUUUAAACAGUCAACUGAUUAGGAAUCAAGGAAAAUCAGUUUCUGCAAUAAUUUACAUCAGUACAAAGAGAAAGAUUUCCAAAGUAGGCCAUGGUUAAGACUGAAGGUCCUUGAGAAUUAUUUUGCUUUACAGAGAUUUUGUCUUGCAGUUUAUUUUCUGCUAAAAAUAUGCAUUUACAUCCAUCAGUUAAAAAAGCGAUUCCUUUACAGCAACAAUGAUGUCUUUUCAUCCAUGUCAAUGCAAAAAUACAAAGAACUAUGUUAGAUUUAAUUUUAG